GUUCAAAUCUUCAUUCGAGCGCUUUGUAACGUAAUUUCUCUUUUUGGCUUUGCGAAUUAAACGAAAAGUACUUUUCGAAAGUACUUUUGAUCGCGAUUUAAUCCGGGAACAAUUUCGUGUGGAAUCAAUAUAUUUUAUGUACCUUCGUAAGUAUAGUAAUUAGUAGAUAGCGCGUAAAGUAUGUACAUCGGGUUGAUAAAUGGGAAAUACGAAAUAAGAAGCUUACUUUUCUUAAUUGUAUCACACUUGCAGAAAGAAUUUACCAUGUUUAACCAUAGCCGAUAAUAUCGGCCACGACUUGGCUGAUAACGUUGUCUCGUCAGCGCUAAAGUGAGCGUAAUGCGAACCUAUAUUAAGUACGUCAGUCCUGUGCUUUUCUAUACAAAUAUAUAUUUCAGUUUCCAAACUGUGAAGCGAAGUAUAUCUGUCAAACACGAGUUACACUGAAAGGAUUGAGCAUAAUAGAAUACUUCGUAGAAUAAGUUAUGAACGAGGUGUCGUUUUAAAAAAAAUGUAGUAGGUGGAAUUACGUAAUGAAUAUUUUACCAAAUGUGAAAAUAUAAGAAACUGUUCAAGUUGGAAAUAUGGAGAAGAGAGGUAGCGCCGAACUUUUGAAUAUCGAGCAAAACAAUUCUAAAAAUGCCAGCUCCGAUUCCCUCAAUUCGGAUAGCAAGAGUAGCUCUCUUAAUUCUAAGAUGGGUCAAGAAUCGGAAAGCUGGGAUAAAGCGUCGCAUUCCAAAAGUUUUUCCUCGAGCUCUACUUCGACAGAUAAUAACAUUGUCUCUGCUUUAGAAGCUAGAAAAGACAAUCAAGUAAAAAAUUUAUCUGGUGGGGAAACAGGUCCACCUCUUUUAAACGGAGAGCGUGUACAAGGCAUUGCUCACGAAGUAACUUACGUGUGUCCUUACUCAGGGCCAGUCAGAGGAAUUCUUAGCAUUACAAAUUACAAGCUUCAUUUUCGGAGCGUAGAUCGCGAAACGCCUUACGUGGUCGAGGUACCGCUAGGGGUUGUUAGUAGAAUAGAGAAAGUCGGUGGCGCAUCUAGCAAAGGCGAAAACUCUUAUGGCAUCGAGGUGUUCUGUAAAGACAUGCGAAAUCUUAGAUUCGCUCACAAGCAAGAGAAUCAUUCCAGGAGAGAUGUUUUUGAGAAACUUCAACAGUAUUCGUUUCCUCUGUCCCAUAAAUUACCUCUUUUCGCGUUCGAAUAUUCCGAGACGUUUGCCGAAAAUGGAUGGAACGUUUACGAGCCUAUAGCCGAAUUAAAACGAAUGGGUGUAAACAACGAUAUGUGGAAGAUAUCGAAAAUCAACGAUACGUAUUCGAUAUGCGAUAGUUAUCCAGUCGUAUGGGCAGUACCUGCGGCAGCAACCGAUGAAGAUUUACAAGCAUCGGCAGCCUUUCGAAGUAGAGGAAGGCUGCCGGUAUUAUCGUGGAUCCAUCCGGAGAGUCAGGCAACGAUAACUCGUUGCGCACAACCGUUGGUAGGCGUAGGUGGCAAGCGUAGUCGCGAGGACGAACGAUACGUUCAGCUAAUAAUGGAUGCCAAUGCGCAAAGUCACAAACUUUUUAUUAUGGACGCUAGACCGAUGCCUAACGCAGUUGCGAACAAAGCGAAAGGUGGCGGUUACGAGAGCGAGGACGCUUAUCAAAAUGCGGAGCUCGUAUUUCUUGAUAUUCAUAAUAUACAUGUAAUGAGAGAGAGCCUGAGAAAACUAAAAGAAUUAUGCUUUCCAACGAUCGACGAGGCUAGAUGGCUAUCGGGAAUAGAAUCUACCGUUUGGUUGAAGCAUAUAAAGUAUGUACUCGCGGGAGCGCUACGAAUAGUAGAUAAAGUUGAAAAUCAUAAAACUUCGGUACUAGUGCACUGUUCGGACGGUUGGGAUAGAACAGCACAGCUCACAGCUCUCGCCAUGUUAAUGUUAGAUCCGUAUUACAGAACCAUCAAAGGUUUUGAAGUGCUUAUAGAGAAGGAAUGGCUAAGUUUUGGUCAUAAAUUUCAGCAGAGGAUCGGUCACGGUGUCGAACAUCAUAGCGACGCGGAUAGAUCUCCGGUAUUUUUACAGUUUAUGGACUGUGUGUGGCAAAUAAGUCGACAGUUUCCCAAUGCGUUCGAGUUUAACGAACACUUUCUAAUCACUAUUCUCGAUCAUUUAUACUCUUGUAGAUUUGGCACAUUUUUAUUUAGCAGCGAACGCGAACGAGUUCACGAACAAGUGAAACAAAAGACCGUCUCGUUAUGGUCGUACACGAAUAGUCAGUUAUCCUUGUAUCAAAAUCCUUUGUACUGGGCUGCUCCUAAUUACCAGCUCGUUCUAAUGCCAAUCGCUAGCAUGAGGUAUAUCAAGCCGUGGAAAAGUCUGUAUUGUAGAUGGAAUCCCAGUAUGCGACAGCAGGAUCCUGUUUAUCAACGAACGAGAGAGCUACUGGUGUUGAAGGAACAACUGGAAAAGCAACUGGAGGAAGGUCGUCGGGAACAGGCUAGCCGAGCGAAUCGUUCGAUGACGUCGCCGGCACCACCUAGGAUACAUUCCCCGGUUCACUCAUAGCACGGCAAUGAUUCUUUCCCAUUUUUCAGCGAUCUGUAGUUAUUUGUAUAUGAGCUUCCUCUUUUCGCUCGAAUCGUAUCGUAUCGCUAUGUACAAAAUGCUCGUUGAUAAAGAAGAACGUUUACAACUUUUGCGCAAA